UGUGGGCUUUGUUUUCGAACUGUAACUGAGCCAGGGUGUUCGCCAUUUUGAGGGCGGGUUGCUGAAACGGGAAGAGGUCGUAAAAGCAUCAGAGAACAUCGUUUAGAAAUAACUGUAUCUUAUUUCAGGACUCUCCGUACCGAAUUUAUAGAGAUGCGGCAGUCGAAGCGGGUGCGCUCUCCGGGCGGCUGGCUCUCUGAGUACAGCUGGGAGGACCGGUGGGAAGAGCGCAAGCGCCAGAAGAGAGCCUCGCAUAGCAGCGAGAGGGAGAACAAGCCGAGGAGACAGCACCACCACUUCAGGACCUACGAAGGGCACUACCUGGAGUCGAGGAGCCAGAACAGGAGGCAGGAGGCCCGAGUGCAGAGAGACCCUGAGCCCGGCAUGGAGCUGGCGGGAUUUGAGAAUGGCGGGGUUGGCGGCCAAGGCGGGCAGUUCCAGGAGAGGGAGAGGGAGAAGGAGAGGGACAGAGACUGGCACCACUACAGCAAGUCCUCGGGGCGGAGCGCCCACAGUCGCCGUAGCAGCCACGGCCAUUGCCGCGGGCGACAACACAGCCCCUCCGACCGCCGCUCCGACUCGAGGAGCCAUCGCAGGAAAAGAUCCAGGAGUUUUGAGGAUGAUGAGGAGGGUCACCUGAUCUAUCACAGUGGACACAUGCUGAGAGCAAGAUAUGAGAUUGUGUGUACUUUAGGAGAGGGAGCCUUUGGGAAAGUCGUGGAGUGCAUUGAUCAUUCAAAGGAUGGUGCUCGAGUCGCUCUCAAGAUCAUCAAAAAUCUUGAGCGUUACCGGGAGGCGGCCAUGUCGGAGGUGGAGGUGCUGGAGCAGGUGAACUCGCUGGACCUCGAGCAGCAGUUCGCUUGUGUGCGGAUGCUGGACUGGUUCGACCACCACGGUCACAUCUGCAUCGUGUUCGAGCUGCUGGGCCUGAGCACCUUCGACUUCCUGAAAGAGAACGGCUUCCAGCCCUUCCCUGUCGACCAGAUCAGGGUCAUGGCCUACCAGAUCUGCAGAGCCGUGCGCUUUCUCCACCAGAAUAAAAUGACUCACACAGACCUGAAGCCAGAGAAUAUCCUCUUUGUGAAUUCAGAUUACCACAUCGAGUAUAAUCCCAAAAUGAAACGGGAUGAGAGGACCUUGAAGAGCUCCGAUGUGAAGGUGGUGGAUUUUGGUAACGCUACCUAUGACCACGAGCAUCACACGUCUGUAGUGUCCACCAGACACUAUAGAGCACCUGAAGUUAUCCUGGAGCUGGGGUGGAACCAGGCGUGUGAUGUGUGGAGUCUGGGCUGUAUACUGAUCGAGUAUUACCUGGGCCUCACGCUGUUCCAGACUCACGACAGUAAGGAGCACCUGGCCAUGAUGGAGCGGGUCCUGGGCCCCAUUCCAGCUCACCUGCUGCACAAAACCAGGAAGCGGCGCUACAUCCGUCAUGAUAAGCUGGACUGGGAUGAGCACAGCUCCUCUGGGAGAUACGUGCGAAAGCACUGCAAGCCACUCAAGCAAUACAUGUCCUCGAAGAGCUCGGACCACGAGCAGCUGUUCGACCUGAUCCACCAGAUGCUGGAGUACGACGUGUCCCGGCGGAUCAGCCUGGAAGACGCGCUCAGACACCCCUUCUUCCAGCCGCUCGGGAAGGGGAGGCAGUGAGCCGCUCUCACGGGCUGCCCAGCUGCCCAACUGCCCAUCACGUGCUCUCCAGGGGAGAUUUCUAUUGACUGCAUCAGUCCGCUUACUCGAUACCUUUAGUGUUAAUUUAUGCUCGAUGUAGGAACGUGUACUGUAAAUUCCCUUCUUUGUGUUUCCUGCCCAUUCUUGAAAUAAAACUUGAUUAGUACGUUUUUUUCAAAGUU